AUGAGGAUUAUAGCAAUACUAUGGACAGUGUAUUUGGUAGGAGUAUGUAACUGUGGAGAUGAUACUAAUGUUACAAAAGAUGUGUUAAAGGGUACAGAGGAUAAUGUAACUAAUCCAGGCCAGUCUGAUCAGCAUACUUCCUUGGCUUCCAAAGUAGACACUUCCUUAUUUGAUGUAGAGAGCUCUGUUGAGGGCAAUGUUCCAGUUCUCAAGCUCACAGCCAAGGAAGGUACAUCUACAAACAGGCUUUUAUACGAUGGUCAGACAGUUUGGGAAGAUGAUAAUAAACUAUGUCUCUCAGCUAUCUUGUAUAUGGACGAAGGAAAGCCUACCAUGACCGCCAUAAAAGCUAAAGGCGUUAAGGGUGGUGCUAAUUUUACUCUCUACAGAUACCAUGACGGUAAGAAGUGGAAGGAUGAGAGAGAAUUUCAACAUAAAAAUAAGCUGGCUGAGCUGAGGAAGAAGUAUAAACAUGCAACACCUUCUACUUUAGACCUUUCUAACCCAGAUACCUCCAAGUUAGAUGUGCAUACAGAAACAGAAUCCGGAGUAUCCUUCAAGGGGUAUACUCCAAAGAAUGGCUAUCAUAUAUCUUCUGUUCUUUAUGGUGAAUCUAGUGUUUGGAAAGUUGAAGCGGGCCAGAAGUGUAAACUUGUGGAAUCUUAUGCCAAAUAUGAGAUAACAAUUCUUCGUCUAGAAAUUUCCGAGAGUAGUGAGACCAAGUCCAAAUACUUUGAGAAGACUGAUGGAGAAUGGAAUGAGCUCAAGAAGGAUCAGUUUUAUGAGAAAGCAAAGGCAUUGAUUGGAGAAUCUGGAAAGAAUGCUUCUCUAAAUAUUUCUACUCCAAAUUCAUCUCAAUGUCAGUCCUUCGACUAUUACUAUGAUGAUAACCACAUUAAACUAAUGGUUCCAAAGAAGAAUGUUAGCGUCUCUAAGCUCAUGAACAGUCUAGAAAAUGUUUGUAUUCUUUCAGCUGGAGAAACAUUUGAUCAUGUUAAAGUGUACCUUAAUAAAGAUGGUCAGCCAGAGCUAGUUCUUGUUGCAAGCAACUUUUCUUCAGAUAUAAAAUACAAUUACUUUGCAAAGAAUGGAACGAAGUGGGAAUGUACAUUAAAGUAUACUGAAAAGUUGAAGGCUCUAAAGAUUGUUCCAGCUAAAAAAACCGACAUUUCCAUUGAUUUAAAUAAAGCAGAGGACACAAAUGGAUGCAUAGUGUUCAAUGUUGAACCGCUGUAUGUACAGACACGUUUUCAUUUACCAAAGCCAGACUAUCAUGCCAAUGAAGUCAAGGAUGGUAGUAAGAAGAUAUGGAAACCCUCUGGAGAUGAAAGAUGUACAUCCUGUGUCGUAUACUCCAAUAAUAAUGCUCAUUUACUAUCACUUUUUAUAAAGGAUGGAGAAAAUCAUGAUCAUAAAUACUUUGAAAAGAAUGGCAGUAACUGGAAGGAGAUAAGUAAGGAUGAAUUUGACAAAAAAUACGAUGAGAUGAAAGAUACAGCUGUUAGGAGCUCCUAA